UACUAUUUUACCUUUUGACAUUCGUUAUUUAAUUGUUUUCAAGAAACGCAAUUGGAAAAUGUUUGGCAGGUCUGAGUUUCCGUAGAAGCAGGAAGUAGCGUUUCACAACCAUCGGGGCUCCGGCGUGACAUUCACCGGGUUGUCAGAGUCAGGGUUAAGAAGAGGGGUAAAACGACCACCCUGCACUCAAACUAUAAGUUGUCAAAAUGAGAGUUCUACAGGCGGGUCUGUCUUUGGCCAAAUCUCAUCUCCUGGCUCCAGGAAGCGUCACUCUGAAAAAGGUGCUCAUCAACAGCUGUCGGACAUGCUCCUCCGGGUUCUAUCUCAACGAGAGCAUCCGCAACAUCGGGAUCUCGGCUCACAUCGACUCCGGGAAGACCACCCUGACCGAGCGCGUCCUCUUCUAUACCGGCAGGAUAGCAGAGAUCCACGAGGUGAAGGGGAAGGAUGGUGUGGGAGCCACUAUGGACUCUAUGGAGCUGGAGAGGCAGAGAGGCAUCACCAUCCAGUCAGCUGCUACAUACACUGUGUGGAAGGAUCACAACAUCAACAUCAUUGAUACACCAGGUGUGAAGGAGUGCUGA